AUGCAGGGAGAGAGGGCCAGUAUCGGUUCUUUGUCAGAGGCAUUGAACUUUGAGCAUGGCUCUUCAUCUAGCAAUGCUGUGAUAGAUACGCCGAUUCACUGGCUUGGUGAUAACGAUGAUUACUUGAUCUCAGCUGCUGAUACAAAUGCAAACACUACUUUGUAUCUUGAGCAGCAGCGCGGCCUGCACAGGUUUAGCCCUGGUGAGGCUAGCUCUAGCGGUCCGAAGAACGAAGCCGCUAGUCAAAGUGAGCAGUGGAUGCAAAUGGGACGUUUUGAGGAGCAGAGAAACUUGUUCAUGCAAUCUUCGUCCAGUGGAAACCGCGUUGUUCGCAAUGUCAAUCUGAAUGCAGAGUACAAUGAGCAUCUUGACGAUAUGAGUCCUGUCACAGGUCAACCUAGUCUUUUCCAGGUUAAUGGAGCAGGUUCAUCUGUAGAUGGGCGUCUUGGAUCUUGUAAAAGAAAAGCUCUUGAUGCCGGCAUUGGUCAGCCAUCUUCAAGCGGAGGAAGUUUCCGUGAGUUUCAUCGUGGAGAGAGCAGUUCUUGGGUCUCAACUCCUGUGUUUUAUAGCCCAGCGAGUAAUGAUUUGAACAUAUCUCUUGACCAUGGUCCAAGGGGAUCAGUCUCUGGCACAGUUCCAAAUCUUUCUGCUCCUGCCACCACAGAGAGCUCCAGCAGAAACUUCUCUAACCCCACUGUUCAACAAGGAACUGUAAGCCCAUCUGUCUUCUCUGCAGGAAGUGUUAUCAGGCGACCAGUUGCUCCAUCCUCGAACGCACCGGGACUUCUACCGAUUGAUCAACAACUGAUUGACUUCGGAUACAGACAUGGUUUUGGCAGUGUUACUCCUCAGAACCCUAAUGGCUCUGCUGUUCGUAUGCCUUCUCCUGCUUUAAGAAACAUGGUACCACCAUUUCAAUGGAGUGGGAGCUCUGCAGUAGCGGGUGGAGCAUCGAGUUCUGCUGCUCCUGUUGAUGUCGUUCCCCGAGAUGAAACCAGAGGAAGAAGCACCAUUCUAGAGCAUCCCUCGUUUGUUCAAGCUCAAAUGAGAAACCAUGCCCUCGAGCAUAUCAGGAGAAACACAAGUGGUGCAGCAGCUAGGCAUGUUGCAUCCUCGUCUUCAUCCAGGACAAGUGGCCAGCUAUCACCGUCGUCGGCGCCUCCAGCUUGGAGUCCUUACCAGAACCACCAGCCACAUGUUCCAAGAAGGUUAUCUGAACAUAAUCGUAGGUCUUUGCUUUCUGCUGCUCUUGCAAACCAGAGAGUUGCUGUUCGUUCCGUGGUCCCUCCUGCCUCUCCUGUCGAACAUGUGCUUCAACCUGGCGGCGAUAACACCUUUCAGGUGCAGAACCGGGCUCACGCGAGAGCAGGUCCAGGACAAGGGCAAAUUGCAUCUGGCGUUUCUCAUUCUUUGCGAGGCUUGGCUUCCACAAGCCGAGGAAGAAGAACUCUUGCGGCAUCUGAGCGGAUCCGCACUGUCUUGGAUCAGAUGCGUAGGGGAGGGAACUUGCGUAUGGAGGAUGUUAUGCUUCUGAAUCAGUCGAUGCUAGGUGGAGCUGAUGUUAAUGACCGAUAUAGAGACAUGCGGCUUGAUGUUGACAACAUGUCAUAUGAGGAGCUAUUGUCUCUAGAAGAGAGGAUUGGAGAUGUUUGUACCGGUCUGAAUGAUGAUACCAUUUCAAACCGAUUGAAGGAACAUAAAUACAAAAGUAGCACAGGAUCUACCCAAGAAGUUGAGCCAUGCUGUAUUUGUCAGGAGGAAUACAAGGAAGGAGAAGAUGUGGGAACGCUGGAAUGCGGGCAUGACUUCCAUAGCCCGUGCAUCAAAGAUUGGCUGAAGGUGAAGAAUCUUUGCCCAAUCUGCAAGACAACAGGGCUAAACACUGCAGAGAAGCCAAGAAGAUAG